AUGGACUCGUUCUUGGAGCUGGUGCUUCGCAGACCGGCAAUGACACCCGAGGCAGUGACUGAGGUGCUCAAACUGUUUGUGUCACGACAUAUCAAAUUUAAUGGAGCGUUUGAUCUGUUGGACAGGCUGUUGGUGCUUGACAAACCUCCAGUCCACUUCUCCACGCUGAUACCAACGCUGGCCAGACUGAUUGCUGGAGAGCUGCACAGCAACAGGAGAGCACCAGCGCGGUUGAGAACUAAUUGA